UAUUAUGAGCUCUGUUUUUGGUUUGCUUCUUUUUGUUCGUCAUCUUCUUCGCGCUGUUCCUUUUUACUCUAUUUUCUCUUUUGACUUAUUUCAUCUGGUUGGUUAUGGAGUUCUUUGGUGCUUAACUGCCUGGGAUUGUUUUGGGAUCUGCAUGGUCUGCUUCGUGGUAUUGUUCAGUAAGUUCUUGCUACGACCGUCUUCGAAGACCAGCUGUGUAGUCUUCACGUCUGAGGCUUUCGUCGGUUUUUAUCCUGCAACGGAGUUUUCUUUAUUUUUAGUUUUAGUUUCUUUUCCGAUUAAGGUUAGUGGAAUUGGGUGCUGGAUCUUGUUGGCUAAGUAGGUUCUUGAGGUCGUAUAUGCGAUCAAUCUGUUUUUACAUAUGCUACGAGUUGCUGGGUGGGUAAUGACGUUGGAGCUCACAUGGUUUUAGCUUCUCUACCAUGUUAAAGCUCACAUGAUCCGAGAUCAAGCAUUCACUCAACGUGGAAUCAAGCUUACUGUAACUGAAGUUUUCACGGAAAAAACUUGCUAAUUCCCGCCAUUCAUCGUUGGAUCCAAUUUUACGCAAAUACCGAAAAGUUAACGACGGGAAACCCGACAUUCCAUUAAGAACGAUUUUACCCAAAAUUUUGACAACUUGAGCGGUACUCUUCCGCUAGUUCGAUGAACGAACUAUUUGGAUUUGUAGCCGUGAAGUUGUCAGACAUUCGGAGAGACGUGCAAUGUCCUAUUUGCUUAGGAAUCAUCAGAAAAACCAGAACAGUGAUGGAAUGUCUGCACCGCUUCUGCAGGGAAUGCAUUGACAAAUCAAUGCGUUUAGGUAACAAUGAGUGCCCUGCUUGCCGCACUCAUUGUGCCAGUCGACGCUCUUUGAGAGAUGAUCCAAAUUUUGAUACCUUAAUUGCUGUGUUGUAUCCAGAUAUCGACAAAUAUGAGGAGGAGGAACUAGCUUUUCAGGAAGAAGAGAAAGCUCGUAAUAAGCAGAUCCAAUCUUCCAUUGCUCAGACACUUAAACGACAAACUGAAGCUUUGGGUCGUAAACGUUCAAAACCUUUGAGGAGAUUAAGUUCUAGAGGACGAAAAAGCUUCCAAAAUCAUAUUGAGAGUCUAAGCUUUGAUGAAAACGAGGACGAAAAUGAUUAUGAUGCCAGCAAAAAUUCAUCUUCUGCUGAUGAGCGUAUGGAUACUAGACCUAAUAAAAGAUCCAGGAGAGGUGGUCCUGUUAGAUUUUCCCAGUCUUCCUCAGCUACUGGAGCAGACGGAGCAGAUGGUGGCAGUAACGAAAAUGAUUAUGAAGUGAACAAAGAAAGAGUUGGUGCAUCGAUGGGGCUUGUUAGUAGCUCAGAAAAACUUUCUUGGGGCAAAGGUGGAAUAAGGAGUCACACUAGAUAUGGGGGUAUUAAUGGGGGUGGCGGUAAAAUUUCCAGGAAUAACCGCAUCACCAAGCUGUCAGAUUAUGUUCGAAACUCGGAAAAUAUCAGUGAGGAGGAGGAGUUGGACGUCCAGCUUAUGCUCGUUUCCAUGGAUAAAACUAGAAUACCCGCGUUGCGAAGUUCAUAUAUUUGCUGCAGGCCAUCAGUGACGAUUGGACACCUACGUCAAUUGGUUGCUCUUGAAACCGCACUUUCAGUUGAUGUCAUUGAAAUGUACGUGGUGAAAGAGCUGCAAAUGAAAAUCAAUCCUUCAACCUCGGGAACUUUUCUGGACCCAUGUAAAGAAAGUGCACAGAUAUUAAACCAGCAAGAAACGCUAUCGAUGGACAAACUCAAAACACACCGGCUAGCUUGUGGCUAUCUGGUAUGCCUUGAACCUACACCACACAAAUGCUUGAAAACAGUGCACCCACUACUUGAAUAAGCAUUUGUAUAAGCCUUUUAUACAACAUUUUAAGCUUGUUGCCUUGAUUCCAGCUUUUGGCAUAUCAGAAAAAGGGCUAGAGUUCUGUGAAGACGAAUUUGUUUGGCUAAGAAGAAAAAGGCCAUCAAACCUUCAUAUGCAGACAGACAUACGGUGCUUACUACCAGUUCAUCCUUGAAAUGAAGAUUUAGGUAAAUUUCCAUACAUGUGUCGAUUAAAGAUAUCAAAUGCUUUAAGAAGUUCCAACUCCAUGUCUUCCCCCAUCUGAAUGUGUUGUUAUCUAACCACCUCCAUUAGCUAUUGGGUUUCCUCUUUCGCCUGUGCAAUUCUCAUCAUCCUUGCAGUAUUUAACUGAGGCGAUACUGAUAAAAGCUGUGAUGGGGAAUAUAGAUACCAUGAAAUAUGGAUGGCUUUGACAAUGUAGAGCGAUUUUCGUUA